AUGGCAGACGUAUUUUUGAGUUUCUUCCGCAGUGCCCUGCCCGAGGAACUUGCGGCGGUAAUCGAGACUACCAUCAAGGCAACCGAAUCAGGGGACUUCCAGUCUGUGCUUCAGUCGCCAGAAGCACAGAUAUUGCUAGGCCACCAGGACGACGAUGUUACCAAGGACGUCAAGAGAAGCGACUUUGAACUUUGGAGCGACUACAUUUCCCAUCGCCUGGGGUUGAUACUGUCAAGACAGAACGAGGAGUCAACUCCCAUAAACGAGACAGCACUAUACCGGCAGCACGUCUACGUCCUGGUCGCAAUCGCGGCAUUGCAUGCAUUCAUCCAAUCGAAUGUCACGGGUCCUCCAUUACCUUUCAAGUCGGCUGAAGUGCUGCUGCCAAAGGAUGCCGUAGCUGAUGCCAAAGCCCUGAGCAAAACGCGCGAAGAGCUUGUUGCAUCACUGAACUCGGACGGUGUUGCAGCGUACAGGCUGACUCCUAACAUCGAGCUGUUGUGCUUGGCCAAAGCCAUCCUCAACAAUCCGAUAAUCCAGGAAAACGUCCCAGUGUCUACAUGGGCUAAGCUAAGAGUGCACUUCCUGCAGCAGCGACUGCUCAGCGAGCCAGCGCCAAGCCUGCAGGACGCCAUUUACAAUGACCUCAAGACCGUAGAAGACGUGAUCCAAAACUCAGGAAAGAGCGGGGAAAUCAAGGAUCUGUACACCACCUUCUUGCUCGAGCGGGCAGCUAUCCAUACGCAUCACAGCCUGGAUAAGAAGGCCCGAGCGGAUCUCGACCAGGCUACUGCUGCGCGCAAGUUUGAAUUUGCGCUGACGGGGCUGAUGGGCAAGAGGACAAAGUUCCAGCAAAAAGACACAAGUCAACUGAUUGUGCUCGCCCGAAGCGCGGGAGCAGACGCCAACGGUACCUCUGAUGAAGCGUCCAAGCCCAAGAAACUGGAUCUGAACGACGACACUUUGCUGGAGUCUAUUUCCUUCACCAAUGACACCGCAUCGACUGAAAUCAAGGAGGAAUCACAGCUCCCCGAAUCACUUACUUCGAUGGACCCGUCGAACCAACCGCUGCUUGAUCCACUCGACUCCAUCAUCAUGCUUUCGCUGGCUGAGAGUAUCAAGAACACCAAUCCUGCUGAUGGCCUCACGCGAGAGCAGACGGAGCCGUAUGCCACGCGGGUUAUAGAGGGUGGAAGCUCAAACUGGCAGGUCUACACACAGGCUCUCCUCGUGCGAAGCCGUAUUGAAGGAUACAAGCCGCGCACCAUGGAGCGGGGCCUACUGCAAUUGCAAGCACUUGUCGACCAAGUCAUUACAGAGACAUCAGGGGAUGGUACGACGGAUGCAGAGACAGGCGAGAAGAUUACUUCUUUCCUGCCGCGAGCCAAAGAGGAAGAGUCUGCCCCGGUCGAAGAGCGUCUCCGCUACGUCUUCCCGCUUUGCGCGCCGUCACGAUGGGAGCUGGAGGCUGAGCUUGCAUCGCGUUGGGUUGCCCUGGGUGGACUGCGAUCGGCGCUGGAAAUCUACGAGCGGUUGGAGAUGUGGGUUGAAGCAGCACUGUGCUAUGCCGCUACGGAGAAAGAAGACCGGGCACGCAAGAUGAUUCGAAGACAACUUUUCCACGCCACCAACGCCGAUGACGAGAAUGUAGACAUGGACGCUGAGAAAUGGGAGGGAGCCGAACGAAACCCACCGCCGGCUGAAGCACCACGCUACUACUGCAUCCUGGGAGACUUGGACAACGACCUCUCCAUGUACGAAACAGCAUGGGAAGUGUCUGGUAAACGGUAUGCUCGGGCACAGCGCUCCCUCGGACAGCGCUACAUUGCUGCGCGCAACUACGAAAAAGCAGCCGAAGCGUAUUCACUCUCACUCAAGAUCAACUCGCUCUACCACCCCGCGUGGUUCGCGCUCGGCUGCGCCUACCUAGAAGUGCAGCAAUUCAAGAGCGCCGUCGAGGCCUUCUCGCGCUGCGUGCAACUCGACGACCAAGACGCCGAAGCAUGGAGCAAUCUCGCGGCUUCGCUCCUGCACCUCCGCCCCAAGGUGACGGAGAAUGCAGACGGCGAACUCCACGAACGAAACGUAACCAACCACCCGCGCACCGAUGCGCUCAAGGCCUUCAAGCGCGCGGCAGCCAUCAAGCACGACGACUACCGCAUCUGGGCCAACGUGCUCGCUGUCAGCACGUCGACGAGCCCGCCGGCGUGGAACGACGUGGUAACGGCGCAACGGCGCAUCUGCGAGCUGCGGGGGCGAACUGACGGCGAGAAAUGCGUCGACGACGAGAUCCUCGACAUGCUGGUCAAGCACGUCGUCUCGGCGGACGAGGGCUUCGACGUUUCGCGCCCGGGCCUCGCGCGCCUGGCAAACGACCUGAUUGAGAAGCACGUCAAGCCGCUGAUUACCGUGUCGCCGAAGCUCUGGAUGGUGCUCGCGACGCUGUACACGCACACGCGGCGGCCGUCGUCGGCGCUCGAGUGCCAUGAGAAGGCGUGGCGCGCAGUCACGGCGCAGCCCAAGUGGGAGGCGGGCACCGAGGCCGAGUGGAAGGCCGUCGUGGCCAUGACGCUCGAUCUGGUCGAUGCGUACGAGACUUUGGGGCCGCGCGACCGCACAGAGGGCCUCGCUGCGGGCACUGGCGAGCUGGUCGCCAAGGACUGGAAGUUUAAGAGCCGCAGUGCCAUCAGGAGCGUCAUGGGCAAGGCCAAGGACUACUGGGAGGAUACACCGGGGUGGGAGAAGCUCGUCCAGAGGCUAGACGAGCUCAAGACGAGGGAGUAG